AUGGAUGCUCUUAAGGAACUGAGCGCGGGCAAGGACUGCUCCAAUACAGAGAUGCUCUUCGCUUUGCUGGCGCAGAAUGAGGACGUGCGCAAAGAAAUCCCGCUCUGUGCAGGCUGCAACCAACACAUUGUGGACAGGUUCAUCUUGAAGGUGCUGGACAGACACUGGCACAGCAAAUGUCUGAAAUGCAGCGAUUGCCAGACCCAGCUGGCUGAGAAAUGCUUCAGCAGAGGGGACAGCGUGUAUUGCAAAGAGGACUUUUUCAAGAGGUUUGGGACAAAAUGUGCCGCCUGUCAACAGGGGAUCCCCCCGACCCAGGUGGUGAGAAGGGCCCAAGAUUUUGUCUACCACCUGCACUGCUUCUCUUGCAUCGUGUGUAAAAGGCAGCUGGCCACGGGGGACGAGUUCUACCUCAUGGAGGACAGCCGGCUGGUCUGUAAAGGAGACUAUGAGACCGCCAAGCAGAGAGAGGCGGAGUCCACGGCAAAAAGACCCCGAACCACGAUCACAGCCAAGCAGCUGGAAACCCUGAAGAACGCUUAUAACAACUCCCCCAAACCUGCCAGGCACGUGAGAGAGCAGCUGUCCUCAGAGACCGGGCUGGAUAUGAGAGUCGUACAGGUGUGGUUCCAGAACCGAAGGGCUAAGGAAAAAAGACUAAAGAAAGAUGCUGGGAGGCAGAGAUGGGGCCAGUACUUUAGGAAUAUGAAAAGAUCCCGGGGGAAUUCAAAAUCGGACAAGGACAGUAUCCAGGAGGAAGGCCCAGAUAGUGAUGCUGAGGUCUCCUUUACAGAUGAGCCCUCUAUGUCAGAAAUGAGCCACUCCAAUGGGAUUUACAGCAACCUAAAUGAAGCUUCUCCUGCUUUGGGGAGACAAGCUGGGACCAACGGGAGCUUCUCUUUGGAACACAGCGGCAUUCCUGCUCAGGACCAGUACCACGACCUCAGAUCCAACAGCCCCUACGGGAUACCCCAAUCACCAGCUUCUUUGCAGGCAUUGCCAGGCCACCAGCCUUUAAUCUCAAGCUUGGUUUACCCAGACAGUGGUUUAGGCAUCAUAGCUCAAGGUGGACAAGGCGUGCCCCAGCCAAUGAGAGUCUUAGGUGGGAAUGGACCCAGUUCCGAUCUCUCCACAGGGAGCAGUGGAGGGUAUCCAGACUUCCCUGCAAGUCCUGCCUCUUGGCUAGAUGAAGUUGAUCAUGGCCAGUUUUGAUACAGGAUCCACCACAAUGUGGGGAAAAGACUUCAGGCUACUAAGCAACAUCUACUGUUGAGAAUAUAAUGUGGGGCAAAAAAUGACCUCUGAGGAAAAAGUAAGAUAGUUACAUGGAGAAAGAAAGGC